AUAAUUUGGGUGGGUACUGUAUAUGCCUAAUAUGAUGCAUGAAUAUGACUGACAAUUAGGUAAUAAAUUUUAAAUUAAGGCAAAGGCAGUAUUUUGAUUUCGACUACAAGCGUCACACAACACAGUGCAAAUCUAUGCCUCCCUGACGUUCGCGUUCCAAGCGGAAUUUGAGGGAACCUUCAAGGUUCCUCCAUUAUUCUGGCUGAUGAAAUGGAUAGGGCAUUUGUCCACCUCUCCUGGUAGACCAUUCUCCCACUAUCGGCGCUAGAAAUGCAGAUGCCCACAGGCACUUGUGUUCAAGCAAGCAGUCGACGCAUUGAAUCGGACUUGUUGACAUUAGCCUUCUUAUUUGGAUAUUCCUCAAACGGGAAGCAUUAUAACAUGUCACAUAACGUGACAAAUACCUUUGUAAACACAACCUCGGCUAUACUAUUGAACCCGGGCUAUAUAAAAACGAUGGAUGGAAUCCUCAAAAUCCUGCAACUGAUUGUGGGAUGCCCCGUUAUUGGAUUAGUUGGCCACUUUAUUGAUCAAAGUAGUCCAUUGUUUUUCACGGCCGAACUACUUCUAUUAUUGAUCGCUACAUCAUGUUUGAUCACGACGACUUGCCUUCUGGUCAGCUGCCUCCUCUCCAUUUCAGCGACCACAAUUAUUUCCAAAACCCUUUUUGAACUAACCUACCAUGUGAUUGCGUUCUGUCUUUACCUGGCGUCGUCCGUCUACAUGCUCGUGCUGACAUCGCGCCAUCAAAAUCUCGAAGAUCCGAAGAUAGGCCUAUACGCCCUGAUGACGGCCGGGAUAUUCGGGGUCAUCAAUACGAUCCUGUACAUUAUGAGUUUUUUUAAGGCUCUCUGCAAUCAGUGCGGUUUAUAUGAUGACCGCGUUCUCGGGCAACGCAAAAACGAAACCACCACAGGCUUGUUAUAGUAAAAAUAUUAAAAUUUCUAACUUCUCUCCAUGCGUAUUCUAAUUUAUUAGAGCCGUGAUAUCACCGAUAGUCGUUUUCAAGUUAUUCAUUUAGCAUUCGUUUCGUACUUUUCAAGUGUUAAUCAAAUGCUGCACAAUGACAAUUUUCAAUAAAAAAGAUCUAUUGUAAUAA